UGACUCUUACAGAACGUGAGAGGAGGGAGAGGAGAAGCUGUGAGCUUCUCUUGUUUUGAUGUUACAGCGACGGAUCUCCAUUUUUUCUCUUUCUCCACACUCCCACUGUCCUUUAUAACAUUGUCUGUGCUGCUCCAUCCCUCCGGACCGACUACUUUUCAAUACCUCUGCUGCUGCUCAGAUGGGAGACGUAAGUGCUGUGGCUGUCUGGCACGUGAACACGCAGAGAGGGUCUCUCUGGCGGGCCAUCCCAGGCACGGGAUGCUGAACGGGAGCCGCGAGGGUUUGUUUGAACUGGGCAGGCAGCUCCAGCAGGAAGGAGACUCCCAAGCUGCUCUGCACUGCUUUCUGAGUUCUCUGCUGGGGCUCACACAUGUGGAAAGCUUCCACUCACUACCCAACUGCCUGCAUCAGAUUGCUGAACUCUACAUUGAUGAGAAGAAUUAUGGGAAAGCGCUGCAGUUCAUUCAGGCGGAGAAGAUGUUCUACGAAGUGGCAUUGAUUGAGCUCACCUCGCUGCAGGGCAGCACAGGGUCUCAGGAAGACAGAGCUCUGGGCACAUCAGGAUGUUUGUCUCAAGAGGAGUUAUCAGAACAGACUUCACAGGCCGAGGACCUUGAGAGACUGGCUCAGCUCUGCAUCAUGAGCAAGAGACCCCACCUUGCGUUAGAAUACAGUGGUAAGGCCACUAAAAUCCACCAGCGGGCUUUUGGGAAUGAUCAUCCCAUCACAGUCCGGAGUCUGGAGCUGUUAGCCACCGUCUAUGGAGAGAUUGGCAAAACAGAAUAUACAAAUUCGUUGGGUGAGUGUGUGUCGACUCUUUCAAAGAGAUUCUCUGCCAGUGAAUCGUUCAGCGAUGCUCUGAGUGGCAUAUCUCAUAGCCAUAAGGACAGACACUCUGAGCUGCGACACAGAAAAGAAGCGUACAUACAAAACGACACUGACAAAACCGAGAUCAUACCUGAAAAGCCACCCACCUCAAUCCUGAAAAGGUCCAGCGUGAGAGGUGUAGAGUCAGACUCCCUGCGUAGACGGAAAUCUGAGAGGCGAGUUCGCUUCAGAGAGCCGGAGAUCACUGUUCACGACAUUCCGUACUAUGACUGUUUAGGAGUGUAUGACACCCCCCAGAACCACCUGCACCUGGCCCUGCUCACCUGCCUUUUCCUUAUGCUCUCUGCACUGGGUCUUGCGCUGUACUGCACAGAUCGGCGAAGAUCUCAGCGUGCCUGCGAGGAGCUGCAGACAGCGCUGGCUGUGUACCUGCUGCAAUUCAAGCAGAUAGUCUGGGGCUGGUGGAUCUGGUUGACCAUGUAAUGACAAUAACUGAACACAGGGGGCAGCAGCCACUCUAAACACAAGCAUAGUAUCGGAAUUGUCACUUCGUGACAUAGCAAAAGGAUGAUAGGUGAGGACAACUCCUUGUUUUUGUAUUGCUCCUGAUUAUCAUCUUCAAUUUUAAUAUAAGACUGGCCAUCAGUCCAUUUCCGUAAGGAUGUUUAACUUACAACUUUUUGUUGCUUUUUAGCACCAUUAAACUGAUGCGCAUUUUUACCCUU